UCAGUAUAAUUUCGACCGCGCUUCGAUGCAGAUCUUGCUGGGAAACGUCCAGUUAAAGUGUAAGUGGUGAACCUUUUAACAAAUAUUGUUGAUUUUGCUCCUCACUAGAGCAGAAGUGUUUGUGGUUUUCUUAUUUUGAUAAUUAUUGUAUGUACCAUCAAUGUUGAUUUGUGGAGUGCUUCUGAAGCUGUGGAAUGCUGAUAGUGAACCGAAAGUACAGAGUGCACUGCGAUAGUGCGAACCAAAUUUGUCUCCUAAGAUCGGGCUAGACUGAGUGGGUGAUACGAAGAACGUAACUUUUCGUAGGAUCAGCUUGAACACGCAGAUCAGCUCGUGAGCCAACAGACUGAUACACGAAAGGCGCCUUUCGGUUACUGUUUUGUGCUUAUCAGUGACCUCCUGAUACUGUGUUUAAGAAUAUGUAUUUGUUUUGGCGCCAGCGGGGCGAUUCUGUCAGGAUCUGAGCAACCAGGGGAUAGCCUCAGUCUAUUAAAUUAGUCGGACACUGACGAAACGGAUUAGGGGUAAUCCCCUUUUCCCAAUUCAAUGAGCAACACAACUUUUAAAGACCCCGAAAAAAGUAGAAAUACAAAUUAAGGGAAACAAACGAACAGCAGUGAAAAGGAAAACCCACAAAGUGAAUCAACUUUAGCAGAACAGAAAGAAACGGAAAGGUCUUAUCAGAAAGUUCAUUCCAGAAGUGUGAGUGAAUUUAUUCUAUACUUUAUAGAAAAGUGAUAAAUUCGUCAACAGAGCAGAAAUGGCAACGCUACUGUAUACGAUCAUUGGCAUGACGGCCAGUGCUUCGUUGAACUGUGCCGUCCGACGGGAAAUUUCUCCCUGUAGCUGUUCGCCUCAUGGCUUCUUCGCCAACACGAUCGAGGUCAAGUGCGAACAAAUGGAGUCCUUCCAUCAGGUGGUGGACGCCUUGCAGGAUCGGUUCACUCCCGAUUACAACAUUUGGCUUACGAUAUCACACUCGCAGCUGCUGGACCUGGCCACGCAAACGUUCUACGAAAUGAACAUGAAUAUCAAGUCGCUGAAGAUGAACUAUGAUAACUUAAGUCACUUACCGGCAUCGACGUUUCAGAACCUGCCAAGGUUAGAGUUCUUUAGCGCAGCAGAAAAUCGUCUGGAGGAAAUUCCGGCCGAUAUGUUCCAGCAUUUGCCCAAUGUUGGAACGUUGGACUUCGCCAAAGGAACUCUACGGUUUAUCAAUGGAAACACGUUUAAACAGUUGCAGAACUUAAGGCACUUGAUAUUGGCCUCCAAUUUGCUGCAACGGGUAGAUACUGAUGCUUUGCCUCGGACACUUCUCUCGCUUCACUAUGGUCAUAAUAACCUUACCUCGUUGAAUGGAACUUUGCGGCACUUGGAUGAACUGAAAAUACUAUUUUUUAAUGACAACCAUUUGGUGUCACUGGACGAUGAACUUCCGCUAGCUUCUCCCAACCUAAUGACAAUUUUCGCUCAAAACAACAAAAUCGACCAUUUACCAAUCGAAAUCAAAUACUUGAAGAAUUUGGAUUCUUUGUUCAUCCACAGUAAUGAGUUGAGGUCAUUCGACGGUCUGCUGUCACGAUCUGGUCAUCUGACCAAGCUAAUUGCAUUCAAUAACAAAAUUAGUCAUCUAAGAAAAGAUGAGUUCACUGAAGCUGAACGACUGGAAGAACUGCAACUGGCUGAUAAUAAAUUGACUAAUCUGAAUGGUUCCCUGCUCAACAUGAAGGGAUUGAUUAUGGCCAAUUUUAGCUUCAAUCAGUUGAAUGAAUUUUCGCUACAAGAAGUUGCCGGACUGCGGAAGCUGCGAAUUCUUGAUCUAUCCUACAACCGGAUAGAAAAACUCACCGGUCGAAUGGAGAACCUCGUCGAUUCUGGUUCAAUUGUUUACGAACUGCGGUUACAACAUAACCUAAUUAAAUCCCUCGACGGAACCCUUAUGGGGUUGAACAACCUGAAGAUUCUGAAUGUAGCACACAACAGGCUAGAAGUUAUUACACCCGAUGAUCUGAUUGGCAUGGAGAACUUGGAACAUUUGGAUUUGUCAUUCAACAAAUUGAAAACAUUGGAAGAGCUGUCCAAGACAUUCCUUCCAUCGCUUCAAUCAAUGAAUGCGUCGUACAAUUUGCUUACAACGAUGGAUAAAGAUUUCCACGGGCUUCCGGUACUGUGUACUGCUGACUUGUCUAACAACAUGAUCCGUGUGCUGUCCGUCGAUCUUGUGUCGCAGACGCGCUGCAGCAAUCAUGGAGUACCGAACAAACUGGAGAUAUUCCUUCAAGAAAAUCCCGUACUAUGUGACGAAACUCUGCCGGAGCUUGUCUCGCAGAUGGAAUCCUACCAUGCACGGUUGAUCGGCAUAGCGCACUGCAUUGUUCCCCAACAAAUACCGAUUGAUUCCCCAAUCUUCAUGCAGCCACCGAUUCCGUUACUCAAACCGCUGCUUCAACCACAGCUUUCAAUGGUACCAUCGCCGGUCAUGAUCCAACAGCCGUCAAUUGUCCAAAUACUCGUCCCCGCUCCACUCGUUGUCAAGGCACCAUCAUUCGCCGAUGCCGCAGCAGGAGUGCUUCAAUCCGUACCUUCUGUUCAAGGUAUUCAAGACAUUCAGCAGCCACCCGUUGCGUUGCCACCGCAGAUCACCCACAUCCCCCAGCAGCAGCCAUACGACGAGCUCAAGUAUGAUGCCCAGCCAGAGACUGUUGCUGAAUCUGAAACGCUGGCACCACCGCCGGAGGAAAAUGACAUCGCGAAAAUUCAUUCACCCACGAGCACGACAAUGAAAACGAUUCUUGAGUUCAAAAACAUCAUCCACAAUACCUAUUCGGCGAUACCGCCGGAAGUAAUGCCUCUUCCUCUGGAUAAAGCACAAGGACUUGCUACGGAACCGGAGGAACCUCCGGAAACGCAGCAAGAUCAAAGCGUAGAUGAAGCUGAACACUGAACAUUAGCAUAGUAAUUACCCCCUUCCCCCCACUAGGUGAUAGGACGUAGGUACUUGUUUCGAGUUGGAUUGCAGAGUUAAAACAUGACAUAUAAGAACAAAUCUCCACGUCAUCGGCCAUUCUGUGUAUAACACAAACAGCAUAUUGUUCACAGCGCCUUUUAUAGAAAAAAAAAAUUAAAACCUGACUUUUAAACAAAAAUGUUGUGGCAAUUUGGAAUUAUUUGCGAUAUACUUGUACCCUGGGUGACUUAUUGGUCAAGUGAACAACAACAUAGCAAUUCCCCAGAAACAAUGCAAAAGAUAGGAUGAAAAUUUGCUAAUUAAUGUAACAACAGCUAAGAUGUGCUAAUAGCAGGGUACGGAAGUAGUGAUAUAUUCUUCGACAACGUAUUUUAAGAAUCAGAGUUUUUUAUUUUGUUCUUCAUGUAACAAACCACCCUGUCAUGAGCUGUUAAGACUCGAGCAAAAGUUGUUUAAAAACCAUUGAAAUUAAUUUUAUUUGUUAUUUCUAAAGAUAUAUUGUAUUGAGAUAAAAAUCGUGAUUUUAAAAUUCACACACAAAAUAGUCAAAGACUUGGACAAAAAACACGUGAUUACUGAUUAGAAAGAACAUGCACACAAAAGAUAUUUUAUAAAAACAAACAUUAGAAAAAAUUUGUUAACUGAAAGAUCUAGUAUAGGGUACCGUCAUCAUAUAAAUGUGCCAUUUUAUCUGUAAUAUUCACCUGUAUCUGUGUCUCUCUUUUUCUGUCGUUUUCAUCUAACUCCUUAUAGUUUACAUUUCUACAUGUUUUUGAUAUUGUAUUUAUUCAGAGUUAUCACAAGUUAGACAUGUACUGUCAUAGCUAAAUACCGACAGGAGCUCUCUUGCUUAUUGUUUAGUCUGUGAGAAAGACUUUUCCCAUAACACAAAAUCACACAUAGUAACUUAAGGUAUUUUAAAAGCACUUGGAAAACUGAAUGUCGAUUCGAGUUGUUUUUUUAUGCUGCACAUCCUUGGGGUGCGAUUAUGAGGCACAUAAAGUGUCACCAAUUUUGCAGCAAAACGAUGUAAAAAUAAUUCAUGCUGUUUGACUAUUAGAUACAAAAUAUACAGUGUAACUAGUUUACAUGAAAUAAAAUAAUACGAGUUCUGUACGAUGUAAUGAAAAUACUAUUCGCAAAUAAACAGAUACC